AUGGAGGACUACAAAGCGUGUGCCCGAUCACUCGCCGAAGCUUUCUACGAUGACGACGUCGCCUUCUACUUUCUCGACGUACCAGAUAACGGCGGCAAGACCCGGGAACAGCUGUGGCCCUUGCAUUUGGAGAUCCUGGAGUACAUCGUUUGCGCGCAUAUCCACAAUGGCUUGGUACUGAGCAUUGGCGAGAAUCACGAGGGCGUUGCUUUGUGGAUGCCUCCCGGAAAAAAUAUGGAUGAUUGGUUCACGAUCGCUCGCACCGGCAUGUGGAGGCUGUGGUUCAAAUUGACCGCCGAAGGCAAGAAGCGGUACUUCGGCGAGUUCAUGGAAGUGUUGCAUCAGACCAAGGUCAACGCAUUGGGUGAAGCAGAUAACGAUGCCUGGUACCUUGUCUACAUUGGUGUUACACCUUCCGCCAGGGGUCGAGGAUACGCUAGAAAGCUCGUCGAGCACGUGACGAAUAAGAUCGACGCCGAGGGUGGAGCUCCUUGCUACCUCGAGAGCAGUCAUAUUCGCAACGUUCCGAUGUACCAACGCUUCGGAUUCAUCAAGCACAGCCGUGUCGAGCUCGGUCCCGGUUCCGAGAAGCCCGUUCCCCUCGACAUCAUGAUCCGACCCCCGAUGGUCUACAACGAGAAGACCGGACGAAGAAUGUCGACAGCCGGACGGAAACUCGGCUCCUCAUAA